GUCGCAUUACACACUGCAGUCAUGGGCAACUGCGCGGACAGCUUCAGCAUCUGCGACCAGCCGAAGAACACCAACAUCAGGUGGAGUUUACCCGCCGUGUGCUUCGUCUGGCAGCUGUCUAUGAUCAUACUUUUUGGGGUGUUCGUGCGGUACAACGUGGAGGCAGAUACUCACUGGGUUGACUUCAGAAAGGAGAAUAAUAUCACAAGUGAUGUCGAGAAUGACUUCUACUUCAGAUAUCCAAGUUUUCAGGAUGUUCACGUCAUGAUCUUCGUGGGCUUUGGCUUUCUCAUGACCUUCCUGAAGCGCUACAGCUUCGGCGCCGUGGGAUUCAACUUCCUGGUGGCGGCUUUCGGCAUCCAGUGGGCUCUUCUGAUGCAAGGCUGGUUUCAUUCCCUGGACUACACCGACGGAAAGAUCAAGAUCGGUAUAGAAAACUUGAUUAAUGCAGAUUUCUGUGUGGCGGGUUGUCUGAUCGCCUACGGAGCCGUUCUGGGGAAGGUCAGUCCCGUUCAGCUGCUGGUGAUGACCCUGUUUGGCGUCACGCUGUUCGCCGUCGAAGAGUACAUCAUCCUGAACAUCCUACAUGCCAAAGAUGCCGGGGGCUCCAUGGUGAUCCACACUUUUGGAGCUUAUUAUGGUCUGUCCAUUUCGUGGGUUUUGUAUCGGCCUAAUCUGGAUAAGAGCAAGCAUAUGAACGGGUCUGUGUACCACUCAGAUGUGUUUGCCAUGAUCGGCACCCUCUUCCUGUGGAUGUUCUGGCCGAGUUUCAACUCCGCCAUUGCCGAUCACGGAGACGGUCAGCACAGAGCUGCCAUCAACACCUAUCUGGCCUUGGCCUCCACCGUCCUCACCGCGGUUGCCAUAUCCAGCCUGUCGGAGAAAACCGGGAAGCUAGACAUGGUUCACAUCCAGAACUCUACACUAGCAGGUGGGGUUGCUGUAGGAACAGCGGCUGAAUUUAUGCUGUCGCCGUACGGUGCUUUGAUUGUGGGUUUCUUCUGUGGCAUCAUAUCCACAAUGGGCUACGUUCAUUUCUCGCCGUUCUUGGAGGAGAAGCUGAAGAUUCAGGACACCUGUGGCAUCCAUAACCUGCACGCUAUGCCAGGAGUCAUCGGAGGAAUCGUGGGUGCCAUCUCAGCCGCUGCCGCCUCCACAACUGUUUAUGGAGAUCUAGGGCUGGAAAAUACGUUUGACUUCGUUGGACCUUUUGCCAAACGCGUACCCACUAUCCAGGGCGGAUAUCAGGCGGCAGCGCUGUGUGUGGCCUUGUGUUUUGGAAUCGGAGGCGGCAUAUUUGUUGGCCUGGUUCUGAAGCUGCCCAUCUGGGGCGAUCCUGCCGAUGAGAACUGCUUUGAUGACGAGAUCUAUUGGGAGGUUCCUGAAGACGAAGAAAGUGUUCCUCCCAUCCUGGCCUACAACAACCACAUGGUCCCCAACAAAAAUGACGUGAGAGAGACGAACUUCGUGGAACAGCAUUAAUACAAGGACUCAAACAUCUGCUUUCCUGCUGCUCUCCCUCAAAAUAACAAUACUCACUACCCGCCAAAAUCACCAACCGAGGGACUUUCCUUCUGCUUUAUAUGAAGCACAUCUACAAUAUUUUUAUGAUGCAGAGAAUACAUCAAUUCAUGCCAGCUGAGAUGCAGAUAUCUGCAUGUGAUAUGCAAAUGUCUGCAAAUAUCUGCAUGUCAGAAUUAAGAUCGUUCAGAAUGAUAAAAGAUCAGUUAAUUUAUUUUUCUUAAAAAUAAUAAUAAUAAUAACAAAAUAAUGGGAUGUUUUCUGAUUAAAGUGACUUUUCCUGUGAAUGUGUACAGAAGAAAAUGUGACCAAAAAACCUCGAAACCUCGAAGCUGUUACAUUUUUAAUGGAAAUGAUUUUACAGGUGUUAAUUUCAUCUUUUGUUACCCGAGCCUUCUUUGAUCUUUAUAAUGUAACUGAUUAGUUUUUUAAGAUUAGAAAUAGUUAAUUUUGUAGCCGAAAGUCCGUGCAUUGUAUCCACAUUAUUUUUAAAAGCAAAAAUCUUUUUUUUUCCUGAUGUGCGUGUCCAUGUCAAUCAGCAUGCGUGCAUGACGUCUCUAAAUCAAACGUUACUCAUUUUCUUGAUGCUUUAACAAAUUUGUCCAAACCAUAGCAACAGUGUGAUACGAGUAUGUAAAUAUUCCUAAAAUGUGUUUCCUUUUCAUAUGCAUUUAAUGUUUUGUCUUUUGUGUGUUAUCUUUGCUUUAAUAUUCUGCAAAAGCAAAGAAACCAAUAUUAAACCUUUUGACUACUGUCUAAUUUCAGAUUAAAUUAUUAUUGUGAUUAA